AUUAUGCAUUUGUCCACAUGCAUAUUGUGUACAUGAUUGAAGUUUCUUUAGAGAUAAAAGCAAUGGUAAUCUAUUUGGGAUGUGUAUUCUUUCAUCUGGACUCUUCUGCUUGUUGCCAUGGAAACAUCAUACUGAACCAAUAUUUUAAAAUGUGGCUGAAUCUCUCUAUGACCAGGUUAUCUUAUUGGCUCCUCGAUGUUUACACCAAAUCGUAUCAACUUAUCAUAGGUAAACAAGAUAAGUCUAUAUGCAAACACAUGUCAUUGGUGAAAACACUAUGUAUCCAUAAGUUUUUACUCUCAACAGAGUUCACUUUCACUAUUGUCAAGCUCUCAUAGCCAUCAAAAGAAAAAAUAUAUCCAAGAAGUAACAUGGUGCUGAUUUUCAGACAGUACUCCUGAAACUAUAAAGCCAUUCGAGGCCUACUUUGUUAAGGGUACCACUAAUUCGUCCUAGAGUUUAGACCAUGACCAAUGUCUCAAUCUCUAAUGAUAUUUUUAGUGAUUUCCAGGAUGAUCAGUUUCAUCUUAAAGGAUAUGAGAGAAGUGAGUUAGUGGUCAAUGGUAUUGAAGAAGGUUGUGUAGAUAUUGAUUCUCUGUACUCCAUUUGUGGACAUAACAAUGAAGAGAAUACAUCUGAUGAACAAGUUAGAACCAACUUAUUGGAAGAUCAGCAACAAAGCCUAUCAGAUUGGACGCAAAAUCAUUUCCUCACCAACACAGUCAUGCCCUUGCAACCGGUCCAAAUCCAAUCUACUAUUGAAGCACCAACAAAUGAUGAUUUCCCGCCUCAAGUACCAGCACCUGCCAACUCUAGCAAUGAAAAACCAAAGCCGUUUUCAUUAGCAUCUUUGGAGCUACUGAGCAAUUAUGGCAGACUGAGCAAGAAAUCCAGUGAGGAAAACUUGUGCACUAAUGCACUAAGUUGUGAGGCUCACUUAGAGAAUAGCCACAAGUUGCCAAUGAAAGAGAUCUUGAGGGCUGCAGGAGAAAGGUACAUACAGUACUCCACCCAAAGGCUAGAUGGUUUUUCUAUGUUUAUUCACCCUUAUGGUUCGGCACUCUCAGGCCUUUGUAUGGAGGAAACAAGGGAUGUGGAGCUUGUCCACCUCCUCCUAGCUGCAGCAGAAGAAGUGAAUAAUCAACAAUUCCAUCUAGCUAGCAAAUUGAUUUCUCGUUGUAUGUGGGUGGCAUCUGAUUCAGGUAAUCCAGUCCAGAGACUUUCUUACUAUUUUGCUAAAGCUUUAGAAGAAAGGAUUGAUCGAUCAACUGGAAGAUACACAUGUACGGAUGAAGAUCACCACCUCAAGUAUAUUAAAAUUAUGUCAUUAGGUACCAACUCUGCAUUCUUGACCUGCCACCAACUAAUUCCUUUCAGUCAAGUGAUGCAAUUUGCAGGAGUUCAAACAAUUGUUGAAAAUGUCAGAAGCGCAAAAAAAAUUCAUUUGAUUGAUUUUAAUAUCAGAAGUGGAAUUCAGUGGAUAGUCUUGAUACAAGCUCUUGCAGAAAAAGGUGACAGUCCAAUUGAGCUUCUUAAGAUAACUGCAGUUGGAAGCAUAGAAAAAGAGAACUUUGAAGCAACAAGCAACACAUUACACAGUUUCACCAAGUCCUUAGGCCUGCCAUUUUCAUUUGAUAUAGUUUUUGUCUCGGACAUGAAAGAUUUCAAGAAAGAGUCGGUCAAUAUUAAAACAGAUGAGACUGUGGCUGUUUACUGUAACUCUAUACUAAGGACAAUGCUAUCAAAACCAGAUUGUUUGGAUAAUUUGAUGAAAGUAGUCAGAAGUAUUGGACCAACAAUUAUUGUUGUUGGCGAAGUUGAAGCAAACCAUAAUUCACCAUCAUUUUUAAACCGCUUUAUUGAGACUCUUUUCUUUUACAGUGCAUUUUUUGAUUGCUUCGAGGACUGCAUGGAUCGAUGCAGUCCAUGUCGAACAACGAUUGAAGGGGUAUAUUUUGGUGAAGGUAUUCGGAACAUCGUGGCGGCUGAAGCUGAGGACAGGUUCACCAGGAAUGUGAAGCUUGAAGUAUGGAGAGCGUUCUUUGCAAGGUUUGGUAUGGUGGAAGAAGAGCUUAGUGAGUCAGCUUGGUAUCAAGCUCAUCUGAUUCUCAAGCAAUUUGCCCAAGGAAGUUCUUGUGAUCUUCAAAAGGAUGGGAAAGGCCUCAUUAUUGGGUGGAAGGGAACACCAAUUCAUUCUCUAUCCAUUUGGAAGUUCUUGUAAGAAAACAAUUUGCUUUUAUUGAGGAAACAAAUAGGAUGCUUACUUUCUCAGUUCAAUUGUACACCAUCAACGGACCAUAAAGCAUCUCCAAGCUGCCUAAGUCAAGAAUUUUGCCCCUAAACUCAUAUUUCUGGGAUAGAGGGCUUGUGUACCUGUUGUUCACCCUUCCUCCUUUGUUUUGAGCACCUUGUGAACAAAGAGUGGGUAGAAGAAACAGAAGUCCUCAUUUAGAGUCACAUACUUGAAGAAGCGCGGGAGACUGGAAAUGGCUUGGUUAAUAACUACUCUAUCCCUUUAGAUCAAAUAUGUUAACAGCGGAAUUGCAAUAGACACCUAUGAUUAGGCCUGAAAAAAGGAAGAGAAACCUUUGAAGUCCUAUGGUCCCAAAAGUUAUAACCUCAUCACAAAUAUCAUGCCUUCUGGUUUAUCCUUUUACAGAUUUGUGGAUUGGUGAUGAAUGUCUAAAAUAUUAGCUUCCUACUCUGUUUAACUGCUCAACUAAAAAGGUUGGUAUUGCUAAAUUUCAUUCUAAAUCUGAUUGGCAGCAAAGGUUCCGGAUGAGUUUGAAUGAUUGGGAGAUACAAGAAUUUCGUCAGUUUCUUCAAUAAUUUGGAUCAGUUUUUAUUGAUCAGAGUGGACAUCCUGAUUUGGCGGGCAAGUAAAGACAAGAAUUUUUUUUUAGUUAAGAAUUGCUUUAGUGUGUUGAUAAAGACAUGUCGGUGGGAUAAUUCUUGGCCUUGGAGGAUGAUAUGGAAGACAAAAGCUCCUGUUAAAGUAGCAUGUUUUGGAGGGGUUGCAACAUGGGGGUAUACUUAACUCAAAAAGACUUGCACAAGAGAGGUUUUGACCUAUGCAGUAGAUGCUACCUGUGUCAAGAAUAUUGGGAAGCAGUUGAUCACCUUUUUUUUGUUUGAUGGGUAUGCAGUAUAUUGUAUAAAGUAUUUGCACUAAGUCAGUGCAACAGGCGUAAUUACAAGUUCUGUAAAUCAGCGCAGUUGAGAACCUUUUUCUCCAUUCCAGAUUUUCUAGAGAAUGAUGGGAGUUAUUCCUUUAACCUUUCUGGAAUGACAUGGGUGAUGUCUCAAAAUGCGAAAGGUUUACCAGAAGGAUGGCAGUGGCAGGUGAUACCAAAAGAGAUAAAGUAGAGAACUACUCCAUUGAGCAUCUUAUGGACAAUAGGGCUGGAGCUGAACAACGCUUGCUUUGAACGACAGAGAACUCAAAUUUUCUAGAAUUAAGAUAAGAUGUUUAUAGAAUUCUACUUCUGGUGUAAAGUAGCUUAAUGGAUAGUAUGAACCAGUAUAUGGAAGAAGAGUGUAGUAAGGCUGCUUUUGUUAUAUGUAGUUUUUGUUUCUUUUCUUGUACCAUCUUGGUACCAUUUAAUCAAAUAUUUACCUUAUUAAAAAAACAAAAGGUAACCAUAACUUGCACAAGGACAGACAAAUUCAAUAAAUAAGCCAAUUUCCACAUAGUUCUUUACUUCACAAAAAAAAUCUUGAGGGUGGCCUUGUUAAUUUUGUGCACAGGUUCUAGCAUUUUUAUUUUUUUGGUGAGAUGUCCAUUUGCUUGUCUGCAAUUCAUGUAUAGGUAGUCUUAUACAUUCUUCAACUGUUAUCCAAUUGUUAUUCACAUAACCUGUCACCAUCUCAAUGUAGAAAAGGUUGAAUUCAUCGGUAGCCCCCUAAAGUUGGCAUCAAUUCACUUAGACACCUCAACUAGACUUUGUUCAUUUUAGACAUCUCAUGUUGAGUCCCGCUGUGUUAUUUUGACACUUUUUGCUGACUUGACAUAUUGUGUGCGUGCACCCAUUUUGAGCGCGUGAGGUUUUUUUUUGGAUUUAUUUUCCUACUUCUUCUUCACUUUUUAGCCCUACCACUUA